GGUAAGCAAACGCGGAUUUCGUGACAAGAAUCGCGUUUCCUUGCUGGAAACGGAAAUGCUCCUCCCUGUCUGGCCAUGGCGGUUCCUCGUCCUCCGCUUCCAGUUCUCCUCCCCGAUUUCACUCCUAAAAGCCCUAAUUCCGUUGAUUGAAACCUCAAUUCCCUUCCUCCUCUUCGAGCUCUCGCUAAUGGAAGCGCUCCGAGAACCCUAAUCGCGCGACGCCCCUCUCUCGGUCGGCCGGGUAUGGCGAUCGUCACGGGCGAUCGCUACCUCGAGCAACUGCUGCGGUUCGUGGAGCGCAACGCCGAUACGCUCCUCGAGGGAUCGCUCACCCUCAAGCUGAACCCCGUGGGGCUCCGCUACGUCCACUCGCGGCUGGAGGCGCUGCGGGAGCUUGAGGGCCUCCUCGCCGGCGCGCCUGUCGACUACCUACGCGCCUACGUUUCUGAUCUCGGCGAUCACAGGGCGCUCGAGCAGCUGCGGCGGAUCCUCGCGCUGCUCACCUCGCUCAAGGUGGUGUCCGUGCUACCGCCGCCCGCCAGGGACCCGACGACCAUCUCUCUACUACCAUUCGGGAGGCUGAAGGACCUCGAGCUCCGGGGAUGCGACCUCUCCACUUCUUCCGUCAGGGGCCUGCUCGAGCUACGCCACACGCUCGAGAAGCUCAUUUGCUACAAUUCCACUGAAUGUCUCAGACAUGUGUUUGCAAGUAGAAUUGUGGACAUAAAAGAAUCACCAACCUGGAAAAGACUGAAGUUUGUAUCAUGUGCUUGUAAUCAACUAGUCGUUAUGGAUGAAUCCUUGCAACUAUUACCCUCUGUUGAGACUUUGGAUCUGAGUCGGAACAGAUUUGCCAAAAUUGACAACCUGCAAAAGAUUAUAAAGCUGAGGUAUCUCGAUCUCGGGUUCAAUCAUCUGCGAUCAGUGGCUCGGUUGAGUGAGGUUUCUUCUAAAAUAGUUAAGCUUGUUCUACGAUAUAAUGCCUUAACUUCAGUUCAUGGGAUUGGCAAUCUCAAGUCACUUGAAGAGCUUGAUCUCUCCUACAAUAUUAUUUCUAGUUUCACAACACUUGAGACCCUUGGCAGCCUUCUAUCCCUGCAUAAUUUAUGGCUGGAAGGAAAUCCAAUAUGUUGCUCUCGGUGGUUCAGAGCACAUGUUUUCAGUUUCUUCUCUAAUCCAGAAAGAUUAGACCUAGAUGGAAAACGUAUUAGCACAAGGGAGUAUUGGGAAAGACAUGUUAUAUUUGCCAACAACCAAAAGAAACCUGCUGGAUGUGGAUUUUAUUUUCCUGCAAAAAGCACUGUUGAAGACGAGAGUAUCAUGGCUAUUAGGAAGAAAAAGUAUUUUCGUCUAGCUAGUAUUGAGGAUGAGAAAGAGAGGAGAUUAGUUAGCUCUGAUCAAGAAUCUGUAUCCUGUGAUAGUGAAAGUUUGAGAAAAGAUGAGAUCAUUUCUGACAGUGUCUCAAGAAUAGAUGAGUUAAUGAAUGUAGCAAAAUACAUGAAGAAUGAACAAUCUCCCAUUUGGUUGCGAGAAUUUAAAAAGUAUUUGGAUCAGACAACUGAUAAGUUAGCAUAUAAAAACCAGUCGAUGGAAUUUGGUUUGGCUUAUCCUAUGAUAAGACAAGAACAAGGUCAUAAGCAAUUUGGAAGUAGCUCAAGCUCGAAAUACAUUAUAGAGAUUGCAGAAACUCUAGAAGGAGAAACAAGUCGAAGAAUCUUGGAUUUUAAUAUGGCAGUUAAGGAUAGUGAUAUUGGUAAUUAUUCCAGUAAGGAGAUAAUGCAACUUGAGACUUCCAAGAAUGAUAGCAAUAUCUCGUUGAAUGGAAGAAAUUCAGGAUUUAACUCUGAGCAAGGCAAAUCAAACUUCUAUUCUGUAGAACCAAUAGAUGUUUCUCAUUUAAAAGUAAAGCUUCACUCUGGUGACUGCGAUUCAGCAGAUAAAGGUUAUGAAUCUGAAAAUGCACCGUUGACAGCCAUUGAAAAGAUUAUUGGAUCACACCCAUCCUCUCAGCACCCUAACUCACCUCCACAUUAUAGAGAGGAUAUCCUCCAUCACAGAUUUGGCCUCAAGGAAGAAUUUUUGCAACACUCAGAUGAUGCAACUUCUGUGGAGACAUCAGAUACUGAUACCAGUAGCAGUGGUGGUGUUUCACACAAUCUAAGCUCCUCCAGUUUGGAUAGCUUACUGAGCCAAGCACUUUUGAAGCAAACAUCAAGCAACAACUCAUUAACAUCACUGGACAUCCAAUGUCUUGCUGGUGGAAGACAUUUCAGAGCAUCAAUGAGAGGAAAUUGUGUGGAAGUAAACCAAGAAGAUGACAAUUAUCCAUCUUAUGCACAUGGUAUCUCCAGUAAUGGUGAGGACAGUUUCAAUCACAUUGCCAAUCAUGCAGUUGAUGGAUCUGAGAAACAGAAAGGCAAGUCAAAGCUUAAGAGAAGACUUAUUUCACUUUCUGGAAAUCUUAAUACGGAGCCAAUUCUUGAUAAACCAAAUGGCAAUGGUGUUAGUCAAAUGUAUUUGAGGGAUGCACAUGGUGAAAGGAGCAUGACAUGUAGGGACCCUGGCAGUCAUGUAAAUCUUAAUCAUAGUACUGAUACUGGUGUCAGAACUCUUAAUCCUGCAGAAAAUGAGAAUCUGAAGGAUUUUUUGCAUCUGAAGAUAGUGGACUUCAGCACUUCUGAAACUGAAACAAUUGAGGAUAUAGUUUGUUGUGAUUGUAUAUUUCAGCUUGGGAUGGUCGUUGAAGAGCGUGAAGUUGCUAUUUUGCGGACUUGUGAGAGAAAGAUAUAUGUCAUCUUUAUUGACACAACACCUAAUGACCAAGAAGUUAUUACCAAAGUUGUGGGAUGCCAUAAACUGGAAGAUAUGAGAGAGAUUUUGGUUGGACUUGGACUACAAGCACUAAGGAUAUAUUUGGAGGGGAAGAUAUCAUACCUAUUCUUGACAAGGAGUUCUAUAAAACUGGAGAAUCUACUAUCCCUGUUACAAAUAUCUGAAUCUGCUGCAUCAUAUAGUAUAUGGUCUCUGAAGAGUUGGGAGAAUGUCCAGGUAAAAAUGCUUGAGAAAUAUGUAUGUGGAAUUCCAAAGUUGGGAUUGUUCCUAUAUUCCAUGCUUCUGUUUUGGAAUGACAACUCUGGAGGCGAAUCAUGGGUGGCAAGAUCAAUUAUGGUUGUUGAAGAGUAUAUGCUUGUAUGCAUUGAGAAUUUUCUGCAGUUUGGAACUUUCGUUGCUGAUUCUGGAACAAGCUCUCCAUAUUAUUCUCUGCAUUCUGGCUGCACAAUUCGGGAUAUACUUGAAAUGGUCAUUGAGCUCUCUCCCGUUCGAUGUGUGACCUUAACAUUUGCCGAUGUCUUGCCUGCUACUAACUUCUUUUCCAACAAGAUCAAGAAAGAGAGGCAGCUAGCUGAAACCCCAAAUCUUCACACAUGGAAGUUGAAGUGGUACAGCGACGACGCUCUCUUAAAAUUCGUCGCUCUCGUGAAGGCAAUUUAUUUAGGAUUAAAAUCUUCUCCUCUUCCUGUGAAGUGUAUAUCUUGAAGUGUUCUUAUCAAUCUGCAUCUACACGGAUCCAUUUCAUUCAUUCUUUUGGUUAGUAUCGAUGUGCAGGUAUUUCUACACUCGUUUCAUGUCUUUAGUCACGAUUAAUUCUUCGAUUCUCGUAGGCUCGAGAUCCUUCUUCUAUUCUAUAGAGUUGUAACUUAUAUUCAA